AUGCCGCGGAAGUACGUAUCGAAGCAAGGAGCCAUGAAGAGGGUACCUUACGACCCGGAGGCCUUGAAAAAUGCGGUCCAAGCAGUUAAAGAUGGAGCUGCUUACAAAACCGUCGCAAGAGAAUUUAAAAUUAAUGUCAUGACACUUAAAAGGCUAUGCCGUCGAGACUCUUAUGUUCAACCUGGUUUUACCAAUAGACAAAUUUUGUCCAAUCGUCACGAGGAUGAGCUAGGAGCGUAUCUUGUUCAUAUGUCUAAAAUGUAUUAUGGACUUACCGUUGUACAAUUGCGUAAGGUAGCUUACCAAUUCGCCAAAGCAAAUAAGAUGAAAUACCCCUCUUCAUGGGAUCACUCGCAACAGGCGGGUCGCGAUUGGUAUCGUGGAUUUUUGGAGAGACAGCAAACUCUAUCCUUAAGAACUCCAGAGCCUACCAGCUUGGCGCGAGCGACAGCGUUUAAUAAACACACCGUGGCGGAAUUUUUUGGAAAUUUGACUGCAGUUUUUAAUAAGCACGAAUUUACUGCCGAAAGGGUGUGGAAUAUUGACGAAACAGGGGUAACAACUGUCCAUAAACCCAGCAAAAUUAUUGCAGUUAAGGGUUCCAAACAAGUAGGAAAAAUGACAUCGGCCGAACGAGGUGAGCUGGUUACCGUUUGUGCCUGUAUCAACGCUGCCGGGGGCCACAUCCCGCCAUACAUGAUAUUCCCCCGAAAAAACUGGCAGGAUAGGUUCCUCAAUCAUGCCCCUCCUAGCAGCGAUGCAACUACUCAUCCUAGUGGAUGGAUGACGGGCGACAGUUUUAUAAAAUUCCUCAAGCAUUUUGUUCGUCAUGUUCAACCCAACGCUGAUAGGAAACACCUCAUCAUCAUGGACAAUCACGAGAGUCAUUGUUCUUUCGACGCCCUCAACUACGCAAAAGACAACGGAAUCGUUCUUCUCACAAUUCCACCACACACAUCCCACAAGCUGCAGCCAUUAGACAGGACUGUUUUUGGCCCCUUAAAAACCUUUUAUUCUCAGGCAGCAUCAAAUUUUAUGCUGAGACACCCCGGGAGAACAAUCACAAUCUACGACGUUUCGGAACUAUUAGGGGAAGCUUUCCCAAGGGCUAUGGUGCCUACCAAUAUAAUUAGUGGCUUCAGGGCGGCUGGAAUAUGGCCCAUAAAUGCCGACAUUUUCACGGAGAGUGAGUUCAUGACCAGUUUAGUUACGGACCGCCCUCCCCCUUCUCAACUUGAAGAACCAACACAGAGAAGUGUGAUAGCGUCGGACUGCCCUCUCCCUUCUCCACUUGAGGAGCCCGUACAAAGCAGCAGUGUGAGUGAACGCGCUUCCCCAUCCUCACUUGGAGGAUCAGUGCCGAUGCACUUUUCACCACAGGACAUCAUGCCCUACCCCAAGGCAGGUCCACGCUCGCAGUCGUCGCGCGGGAGAAAGCGAGGACGUACUCGCAUCCUAACCGAUACUCCGGAAAAAGCAACCAUCGAAGAACAAUCAAAUAAAAAGUUGGCGAAGAUAGCAGAGAUAGAAAUGAAAAGGAAGAUUAAAGAAAAUAGGCCUACCAAGAAAACAGUGAGACAAAUCUUUUCACUAAAAAAAAUUGACGAUGACACCUCAUCUGAUUCUGAUGAAUGUCCUCCACUUCCAUCAUCGUCAGGGGGGGAAGAAGAGUUAUGCAGUGAUGGCGAGGGUCAUAGAGCUUUUGAGCCCAUCAGAAAAGAAGUAGGGGAAUUUGUAGUUGCAAUUUACAAUGGUUUGUCAUACCCAGGAAAAAUUACAAAAAUACAUGAAAACGGGGCUACAAUAAAAGCAAUGGAAAAAAGUGGAAGGCUUUGGAAGUGGCCAGCAAGGGAAGACGAAAUAUUUUAUGUGUGGGGUGACAUUUUGGGACACUUGCCGGAGCCGACGAAAUUUUCAAAAACACGUGACAUUUAUUCCGUGCCACUUCUCGAAUAA